AUGGUCCAAUGGAAUCAGACCACUGUUCCAGAAUUCAUUCUUGCAGGAUUCACAGACAAUCCACUGCUCCGCAUUCCCCUGUUUGUGGUGUUUCUAGCCAUCUAUGUGGUAACACUUCUGGGAAAUCUCGGAAUGAUUACACUGAUUCGUCUUGACUCACAUCUUCAGACACCCAUGUACUUUUUCCUCAGCAACCUGUCCUUCUCAGAUCUCUGUUACUCCAGUGUCAUUGUCCCUCAAACAUUGGUGAAUUUCUUGGCUGAGAAAAAAGCCAUUUCAUUCAUCGGCUGUGCAUCCCAGUUUUAUUUCUAUGCUGUGUUUGCCAGUGUAGAGUGUCUCCUACUAGCCGCCAUGGCCUAUGACCGUUAUGUAGCAAUCUGCAACCCACUACUGUAUCCAGUUGUCAUGUCCAAGAAGGUUUGUGUUGGGUUUGUCCUGGUGUCAUACCUGGUGGGGUGUGCCAAUGGCAUGAUACACACCAAUACCACCUUCCGCCUUCCCUUCUGCAGGUCUAAUGUCAUCAACCAUUUCUUUUGCGAUGUGCCCUUAAUACUGGAGCUUGCCUGCUCUGAUACCACACUCAACCACAUCCUGCUUUUCAUCAUCUCUUCCUUGAUCGGUCUUUGUUCAUUCCUCACCAUCCUUAUCUCUUACAUCUACAUCCUCAUCACCAUCCGGAGGAUCACCUCAUCUGAAGGAAGGAAAAAAACCUUCUCUACCUGUGCCUCCCACUUGAUGGCAGUCACCUUGUUCUAUACCACUAUCCUCUUCAUCUACCUGAAGCCCACCUCGAGAUAUUCUGAAGGGCAAGACCAAGUUGCUGCCGUCUUUUAUACAGUGGUGAUCCCCAUGGUCAACCCUCUGAUCUACAGCCUGAGGAAUAAGGAGGUGAAGGAGGCCCUGAGAAGGAUAGGCCGGCGCUACCAUUAG